CGAGGGUCCACUCAAUGCACAGAGGGAGAUCAGGUCUGCUGAGGACCGUGCUGAGGACCGUGGUCUGCACUUUUUCGCUUCGAUGAUAGGGGAGAGGAUGGUGGGAAAGGACGCCCAGCUGAAAGAAUGAUGGAGGCCAGCGAUGGAUGGGCUGAAACAGCAAAACUCUUCACCAGUGGCAUAUAUGUGCAGAAGUACGUCACCAUACAGAAUGUUCGUUUGGGAUUACUGCACCUUUGCCUCAAGAUCGCGGCUGGAAUCUGGGCCUUGGUCUUGAUGUUUUCCUUACGAGCCUAUGACAACAACGCUGUUCCAUCUGGCAGUUUUUUGGAAGUAUGGCAAAUGCCAGCACCAUCAGCACAGAGUGGAGACUUCUCUUACUGCACAAAUCCGGAACAGUAUGACUACGUGUACAAUGAGGAUUACGUCUACAAGAUGUCUGGAUGCGAGACAUUGCAUCUCGGGGAGGCUCACCGCAAACAGGGAAAUAGUAUAUUCUUUCCAACCUCGAUUGACGAUUCUUAUGUGUGGACCUUUGGUGCAGCAGCAUGUGCUGCUGGAUCGAAUGCCUCCGAAGCACAGGUCCUUUGCAACGUGAAAGGUGGCAUCUUGAGAAUUCUGGAUUCUACGGAGAAUGGCAAAUCCUGCCAAUGCCUGAUCUCGCACUCCUUUUUUGCCAGACAUCCGGAGGGGCAGCGGCUCUUCUUCACUCACGGCUUUGAGGCAAGCAACCUGGGUGUUAUGGGCAAUGGGCGCAUGCGCGGCAGCAUUCGAAGUGACAGCAACCAAUACAGCUACGAUGGCAAGAAAUGGCAGGACCUGAAUGAUGGUGGGAUCCUCACAAUGGUCCAAGAUCAAAAUGGUGAGAGCUGCGCUUUAGGUGGACACUCAAAAUUCCUCCCAGAUGCAGCGAGGCAGGGCAUUGGUGGAACGCUAAGCGAGUGGAUGGUUUGCGCAGGGGUUGAUUUGCAAAUGGCAGAUCCCAAAAUGCGGAGCCAACAUCCGAUGGAAUGGUCUGCUCCAACGGCUCGCGUCACAGGCCUCGAGCUGAAUAUUCAACUGGACUACAGAAAUGUGCAUCACGAAGUGGGCUUUUCUGGAGUGGUUUGUUAUGUUCGAAUCUCUGCAAUCCAACUCUGGAAUUCGGAGAACUACGUGAGUUAUGGGCAGCUCUUGGAUGGAGGAUGGUCGUCCUACAGGUCGCGACACCAGAGGGGCGUGGAGGUUCGCUUUCUGGUGGAGGGCCGUAUCGACUUCAUGGACUUCAUCCGCCUCACCACAGCCAUUUCGAACGUGCUAACCAUUAUGUCAAUUCCAGCGAUUCUGGUGAGCCUGUUGGCUCUCUAUGGCCUCGGGCCGUUGUCAAGCAUUUAUGCCGCAGCUGCCAACAGCAAAGUGAACGUUUGCGACGACACCAAGACCGCGGUCACACGGCUGAUCACCAACGAGGCGGCCAUGAAGUUGAUUGAAGAAGGAAUCACGAGAACACAUGUGAGAAACACAUUCACUCGGGCUCUCACUCAUUACAUCGAUCUGAAGCCUGCGAACAAGCACAACAUGCACGAGGAGAAAUGGAAAAGGAAGUUGGAGAAGUUGGAUCAAGCUGAAGGAACACUGCAAGAUAAAGAGCUUGAUCAGCUGGUGGAGUUUGUCAUGCAGAGUAUUAAUCAUCGGAAGAAAGGUCAGAGAGCCAGUCAGAGCAACAGCAGGAUUGACGUUGAGGAGUAUUUAAAGCUGCAUCUUCGAAAUGACCCGGUUCAGCUUCCAGUUAUUGUGCAACUAUUUGACGACGAUCGUGACAAAGGGAUCCUAGAGAGAAUCUUUCAAGAUAGCCAUGCGUUCGAUCUCCAUCAAGAAGCAGUGCGCUGCAGCCUAAUUUUGUGUUCUGGCCAAGGAGACCAAGGACCACUGGAAGAUGCACAGUUCUUUUUGAGGAGAUGGAUCUGGCAUUGGGCGGUCCUCACAUGAACGCGAAGGUGUGCCUAUCGCCAUCGCACCAACGCCCGUUGUCCCAGAGACCACAGAGACCCUGCUUGAGGCGACGCCACCAGCACGCCGACCUCGUGUUUGGCGUGCAGGGGACUGUGCUAAACUGCUGGCGCAGCGAGAUCAAGAGUGAAGGUGUCUUUAUGUCUCGGCGAUUUGACCAAAGCUUGUCAAUCUGCCAAAAAAUGGGAUUCAGGAUGAUUCAGGGC